CUGAUAAUUUCGAACCAACACUGUUAGUUGUGUUUCUAUAUUCAUCCAGUUCGAACUUCGAACGCAUGUUUUAUAUAUUUUAUAGAAAAUAUUUAUUCUUUCAACUAACGUUUGUGAAUUAUUUAUUUUACAGUAUGCUCUCGUCGUGCUUUGGAUUGCCCUUGCGGACAGGAACAAGUAUUAUUGCGAUUAUUAAUUUGAUUGCAUCGAUUUGUUAUAUUUCUUAUUACAUUUGGGAAUAUAAUGUAAGUUAUAAAGUCCCAGUGGAAAACAAAAAUGUGGAAUCCACUCCUUUGGAUCAAUUAUUAGACGUUACAGACGAAGUGUUUUUGAAUUACAUUACAUUAGUUUUUAUGCUCGUUGGAUUUACUUCACUGUUCGCAAGUUUUGGCUUGAAACAAGCAACAACAAAUAAUGCUACACACAAGAUUUACCUGUGGCUUUUGAUUGGCUAUGUCCAACUUGGUACAGUUUUCACCAUUGAGAUUGUUAUACUUAUGAAACAUACAGAUUUCAUCAAACAUAAUAUAGUUGGAUUGAUCAUAUUCUUUGUGGUUUUGGACGUUGCUUUAGUAUACCAGCUGUUAGUAGUACAGUCGUUCUAUAAAGAAGAGAAAUUAAUUGAAGAGACCAAUUACUCAAGACUGCGUUCGGAUUUAACAUCACAAAUUGAACAACAAGAUGAAGAAGAGUUUCAAAAUAUAGAUCUAUAAUGUAUCUUUAAUAUUUGUAUUAAUUUUUUUUUAUUUUGAUGUAGGUACUUAUCUACCUUAAUCAUGGGCGCAUUGUGUUAUUAUUAUUAAAUUGAUGUUUUUGUAAAAAUUUUGACUGACUAAAUGAGGUAUAGACAACAUUAUACCGAGGUUUCAAAUGUUGUUAUAAUAUGUAUAUAUUUUCUUUUUUAUACAUAUAUGAGUAGGUAAAUAAUACCUAUUUUAUAUUAUGCGUAAAUAGAUGUAUUCUAUAAAGAAUAAAAUUAUUAACAGAUUUAACAAUGUUUUUUCAACUUCAGCUAAAAUAAAUAUAAGUAGUACAAUAUUUUACUACAAAGCAGAAAGUACGAAAAAACCUGAUUUGAUUCAAUUUCAGCUUUAAAAAUUUAUGUUGAUACAUCACAUGUGUAUAUUAUUAUAGCUGAUACAGGCAUAGUUAAGUUAAUUUUAAUUUUAACCCUUUUUCUCACUAAAAACUAUUUUUUUAGGGCUAUAUUAAACUAUCAUUUAUAGCCAUUUAAAGAUGAAAUAAUUAAUAAGACUAUAAUAUAAGUAUAUAAUUAUUUUACAUUAUAUUACAUAUUUUAUAAAAAAAAACCAAUAACAACAGCAA